AUGCGGAAUGCUCUUUUACGUGGAAUGAGACUUGGACGUGGUGGACUGAGUUUCACUCCGCGACGGCGCAUGUCGUCGAGGGCGUCGCGUCUUACCUCGUUCGUGGUUGGACACGCGCGAUAUCGACGGUACGCGCGAACGACGCUGGCGACGCGCGAUCGCGUGAUCGGUGGAGGACGAAUGAGCGAGGAGAGGGAGGAAUUCGAUCGAGGUCGGUGUGCCAAGACGAUGCGAUUCGCUCGGACGAGUGCGACGAGGGCGAGGCGGGGCGGAGACGACGUUGGGUACGAGGGAGAGGUGCGGUGUACGGCAAAGGAGACGGAGGUGUUUGAGACGCUGCUAGCGGUGGUGGAGCACUUCAAGUUGGACGUCACUCUGCGAGUGGCGGGCGGUUGGGUGCGGGACAAGCUCGUCGGGAGAGAGAGCGACGACAUCGACGUCGCGCUGGACACGAUGUUAGGGAAGGAAUUCGCGGAGAAGGUAAAUGAGUACUUGGAGGCGAACGGGAUGGAGACGAAGGGAAUCGGGGUGAUCCAGAGUAAUCCGGAGCAGAGCAAGCACUUGGAGACAGCAACGAUGCGUGUGCGAGAUGUGUGGUUAGACCUGGUGAAUUUGCGUUCGGAGAAUUACUCGGAGGACAGUCGCAUUCCCGAUAUGGAGUUCGGGACGGCGAAGGAUGACGCUUUUAGAAGGGAUCUGACGAUCAACUCACUGUUUUACAACUUGAACGAGAAGAAGGUUGAGGAUUUCACAGAGCGAGGCAUCCAGGAUUUACGGGACGGAAUCGUGCGCACGCCGCUACCGCCGCGAACCACCUUCCUGGACGAUCCUUUGCGAAUCCUGCGAGCCGUGCGCUUCGCCGCUCGGUUUGGUUUCGACGUAGACGAGGAGAUCGGUGCGAGCGCGAGCGAUCCGGAUGUGCAAAACGCGUUGAAGCACAAGGUGAGUCGGGAGCGUUUCGGAAAGGAAGUGGUGGGGAUGCUCAAGGGACGCUCGCCAGCGGACGCGGUGGCGCUCAUGGUGGCGUUCAAGAUCACUCCAAUUGUAUUUCAAGUUCCCACGCAGAGCGUCGUCGAUGCAGUAACGGAAACGGCGGAUCGUCUGUCUCUGUAUUCGACCCGUUGCAUCGAACGCGCAAUCAAAGAGGUGGCAUCGAUCGAGUCAUGGUUGGAUGAAGAACACAAAAUUUGGCUCUUCCUCGCGUCUUGGUUGUUGCCUUAUCGCGCGUUGGAAUCGAUCGGGGCAAAGGGGAAGAAAGUCCCUGCCGUGAGCGAUAUCGUGAGCAACGCUCUCAAACUUCGAUCGAAGGAUGCGGACACCGCGGUGCACAUCCACGAGUCAUUGUUCCUCGCGAAGGCUCUACUGGAGAACAAAGAGUUCACUCGCCUCGAAGGCGGGAUGGCUCUGCGGAAGAUGGGGUUCACAUGGCGUCUGCCCGUCCUUCUCGAGAGCUUGACGCGAGUCCCUGGUAUGAGAGAUUCCGAAGUGCCGCAAUGGGCGGCUGAUUAUGCUGUGAACCCAGAUUCGGCUCCAGCGGAUGUUCGCGAACGCGUCGAAGCCGGUGUAAGGAUGGCGGUCGACGAUUUCGAAGCCGUAGAGCGACGAAUCACAGAAUUCAACUUGAACGCGUGCUGGGAACAGAAGCCACCGGUCACGGGUCAGGACGUCAUGGCGGCAUUGAACAUGACCAAGGGAGGUCCGCAGUUGAAGGCUUGGAUCGACAAGUCCAUCGAGUGGGUGCUUGAGGAUCCCUCCAUCACGAAGGAGGCGUGCAUCGAACGAAUUAAACAAGGAUAG